AACUUCUCUACCUUCCACGAAGUCUUCUUCCAUCUUCUUUCCUUGGCUCUUAAGCGAUUCCGAAAUCUGUUCUUCUACUGCGCUUUCUAGGCUGCCAAACGGAGGACCGAAUGGGUGGAAGUUCAAUAGAUGAUGAAUGGGAGUUUACUGCUCCUUCCAGUGGGGUUCGGACUCUGGUUUUGGUUGGACGGACAGGCAAUGGUAAAAGUGCAACAGGCAAUAGCAUUCUUGGAAGAAAGUCCUUUAAAUCAAGGGCCAGCUCUUCUGGCGUUACAAGCACUUGUGAAUUACAGAGAACUAUAUUGAGAGAUGGCCAAAUUGUUAAUGUCAUUGACACUCCUGGAUUGUUUGAUUUGUCUGCUGAAUCUGACUUUGUUGGCAAAGAAAUUGUCAAAUGCAUUGACUUGGCAAAGGAUGGGGUCCAUGCAGUGCUUGUAGUUUUUUCAGUUAGGACUCGCUUUUCUAAGGAAGAAGAAGCUGCACUUCAUAGCUUGCAGACUUUGUUUGGAAGCAAAAUUAUUGACUACAUGAUUGUAGUUUUUACUGGUGGGGAUGAACUUGAAGAUAACGAUGAGACACUGGAAGAUUAUUUGGGCCGUGAGUGCCCUGAGCCUUUGAAGCAAACUCUCCUCCUUUGUCAAAAUCGACUAGUACUUUUUGACAACAAGACCAAGGAUGAAGCCAAGAAGUAUGAACAAGUUCAGAAACUUCUGUCCCUUGUAAAUUCAGUCAUAUUGCAGAAUGGUGGACAGCCAUAUACAGAUGAGUUGUUCAUGGAAUUGAAGAAAGGAGCUCAGAAACUGCGUGACCAAACUGAAGAGGUGGAUUCAUUGGAGGGGUACUCUAAGCGAGAGAUAUUAGUGCUGAAGGAGCAGAUGCAUAAAUCAUAUGAAGAACAACUGAAGCGAAUAACCGAGAUGGUUGAGGUGAAGCUGAGAGAGACAACUAUGAAGCUGGAAAGACAGUUGGCAGAAGAGCAAGCGGCACGGCUGAAGGCAGAAGAGAUAGCACAGAGAGCACAGUUGGCAUCAAACGAUGAGAUUCGGAAGCUGAGGGAGAAUUUAGAGAGAGCACAGAGGGAGACGGAGGAGCUCCGGAAGCGAGCUGAAAGUGGCAAGUGUGCCAUUUUAUGAGUAAUAAUAAUAAUAAAUAAAUAAAUAAUACGCUUGGUUUGCUUUUGGAUGAACGGUGAUCCAAGAGAGUGAAUUCUUUUUCUCCAGUCUUGGGGAAUAACUUGAUCCUUCUGUGUAAAUUACUACUCUAUUAUAGUAUGGGUUUUUAGGAUUCUUAGACAUAGAGAGAAUAGAUCCAGAUAUAGAGAGGUACGUCUUAUAUAUUUUUCUUUUAAUUUUUUCUUGGGUUGUUUUUAAAAUCUGAUUUCCAUUUCUUC